CAUCCCACUCAGAUCUCGGCAAGUUUUGUCCUCCCCACUGGCAUGCAUAGGUUUGAUGCACUGCACUUCCCUGGAUCGGAAGUCGACGAAGUUCUGGUGGGACUUCUUCAUGUGGACUCCUGUAUAGAAAGAUGCCAAUGCCCGUUGCAAUUCCCUGAGCCCCCACUGCUAUGACGACUCCAAGAUCGGCCAGAGUGCGGCAGGAAACUUGAGGUAUGUGAAACAGCAUGCUGGCUGGUCUCUUAUAGCGGUAUGUAUGCGUAUGUCCUUUCACACCCCAUGUCCUCUUUCACACUGCCUAACGUCUCCGCAAAGCUACAGCAAGAUAACGGUGUCAUUCCAUUGCACCCCAUAGGCACCCGUCAUACGUGUUCGAUGGAGCUCGAGCAAGUACAGAUACGUGCUGCUUCAAGCUUGUCAGGUACUCUCAUGCAGCAUACUAUCAAUUUUUAUCUCACGCAAAUGGUUGCAGAUCACCGAUUAACGUCAUCACCAGCUAUGAAGCAGCGGAAGGAAUCAGGGAAGCCAGUGCUUGCCGUUCUAUGCACCCUUCUGCACAUCAUUCUUGUGCUCCUCCAUGUGAUUAUUCUUGCGCUCGAAAUUUCGGGUAUUGAGCACCAUCUGGUCGUCCCAAUAACAUCUGGAAAUGAGACUUGGGUGACUACACUGAGUGCAUCAUCACAGGCCUUUUAUGCGAUUUACUGCACGAUACUCGUUUACCUGAUGCAACGAUUGACAUUCCUUAAGAACGUGACGCAACGCCAGACUGUAACCGUUCUUCACGAUACAGUGAAAGCCUGGAGGGGCCUUGGUUCGGCGCUGGAGUGUCUUUGGCGGCAAUCGACUGUCCUUGCAUCAUGGUGGAGCAUAUUAUCGAUAACGGUCUAUCUUGCAUGUGUUUUUACCCUUCACGUGGUUUCGUCGUCCAUCAUUCAAUUGCAAACUUUCAACGCGACCGUGGACGUGUCUGCUACGAAAUUUUCUUACUGGCCUAGUCCAGAUGUAGAUAUGGUGGCAAUCCAGUGGGAAACCAUCAGUGCAUUGGUUCCUACGCUAGGCCAAUUCACCGGUCUUCAGGACACGGGGCUCUAUGGUGCCACUCUGUACGACAUCGUCCAGCCUACCUAUAUAUCUGGCCAUGCCAUCGUCAAUGCGUCAUCUUUCAUGGCGAAUUGCGGAUUAGUUCGCAAUUCGAUGGUGAACUAUUCUCUUGAAAUUAACGCUGACGACAUCGAAUACUAUACACUCAACCCGCCUAUCUCAACGGUCAAUCAUACCAUGAAAUUUGGAGCCGGACUUGUGCAUCCAUACCCAGACCAGGUUACGAUAAAUCCUGCCAUCUCCUUGUUGUUUCCAGGACCGACUGUUGCUUUCACAAUCUCGACCGCUGUGAAUUCGAGCAACCUACCCGACAAUGAAACAAUUCAACACGUAUACUGGAAGUAUCCUCCAAUCCGCUUUAUAGGUAGUCCCCAGCCUCCCCUGAUCUCCCACAUGUACGACGUCCAUAUAGUGGCGUGCACUAUUGAUGUUCAACCCCGUGUCGCAACUGUCGAUGUCCAAACAAACCAACUACUAGGCCUUUACCCACCCCUUGGGCCUGUUCAUUCCAGGGAAUGGGAGGCAUGGUCUGCGCUGGAGGAAGAACCCAGUUGGGACAUUUGGUCACCGCCAUCAACUGGUGCAUUACAUCACGAGACAUGGCUUGUUUCUCCUUUCGCAAGCGGGGCACAUCAUCCUGUUGGCUGGUGCAUGAAUCAGGACCGAGCAUCAUGUUAUGGAUUAUCUCUUUUGGAAGUAUUUUUUAUGCAGCAGAUUGGAAUAGAUGUCGACUUCUCCGGCGCAAGGGGAUACGCAGGCUUCAUGAUCAAGGCUGGGGCCCCGCCAAUUCCGGAGAAGGUUCUGUGUAGCCGUGACCAAUUUGAGACGGCUCUAUCAAGGGCCUAUGCUGCAGUUCUGUGGACAGGCGGACAGCUCGGCGCCGACGGUGGUGGAUUCAAUCGGACAAUCGACACCACCACUAUUUCACAGCAGCUUCUGCAAUGGCACCUCGGUAUAAACGUAUGGCCCCUUGCGUUUGCGCUCAUCUGCUCUCUGGCUAUGUUGGCGUUGUCAAUGCGCGUGACACACGGGAUGCAUGGGCAAAACAAUACAACACCUAUCAAUAGCACUGGCGUUCUACAAAUAAUUUGGCUAACAAAUCGCCUCCGUGUCCUAACUGACCUCAUGAGCGAUGUAGAAGAUCCAGGAGAGGAUAUCCUUCGUGCCGCUGGGAUGGUUGAUGUGGACUUUCUGCAGGAGUUGAAUGACGUGCAAGCCGUUGAUUGUUAAUAGCCGUCACCGUGGCCUUCCACCGGAGACGAUGGGAAGCGCGCCAACAAAAUCCUGUUCGUCUUGAACGUCAUCGACAGCCGAAGCAGAGGCGCUUGUCACCAAACAAAGAAAUAUGCGAAGUAUGUACAUCAAUUCAGCUGUAGAAAUAGCCUAGUGUCCACUGCUGCUACAAAUAUAUGUAGCUGAUCAACCUCAUCCGAGGGUGAUGAUAUCUGCAGCGUCUGCCUCUGUGACACUAAACCAAAGAAGCAUUUUUCAAUGG